AUCCCCUACAAGCUGUUGCUCUUGUUGCUGUAGAAUGUUGGACAGUGUAGAAGUGUUUUAUUGCAGAAGGAAAAAAAGUGUACUUUUAUGGAUCAAUGUGGAGGGAAGUUCUCAACUAUUCUUCUUGUGUAAAUACUAGUUUUCAGCCGGUUUUUGUUUUCGUUUUCAGCUUUUCUCAUCCUUGAAAAUGGACAUGGCCGACGAGGUACUAGAGGCUUCGAAAGGUCCCCUGACCGCACUAAUACAAAUAGUAACCUAAGGAGAAAGAUCACGAGUAUUACUUAGUGUGGCUAAGGGAAGUUCUAACUAACAAAAGAGCUUAGAAGAAGAAGUGUUUGCUUUUAGGAGGGGAGUUUAGAAGUUAUGGAAGUUAACUAAAACUAACAAAAGCAGACUCCUUUUUAGUUGCUGCAGAAGAGGUCUGUAGUCGAGGGAAGGCAACUAACAGAAGAGGGGUAGUUGUUCUGUAGUUAAGCGACGACAACAAACAGAAGAACGCGACGCGCAUCUUGCUAGGGGAAUAUUGGGGACAUGUCGAACCCAUUCCACAUUUGAAGACAAUCCUGCCUGUUUGUGCUGGCGUCUAUUCCAGACCAAGGCGAUUCGUGAGCAUGUUACUCCAGUAGCUAAGAAAUAGGUAUGCUAAAAAGAGGAGGGCUUCCACUUUUCUAGUGCGUGGUUUGAGCUAUUGAAUUAUGCCCGAGGACGAAAACGACGUGGUCGAUGAGAUGAAGUUCUCUUCUUGUAGUGAUUCCUGAGCCACCUGAGCCCCUGUUGAGGUUGAGCAGGGGCUCAGUCGGUACAACUCCAGGACAAUCGUGCUUCAAUCCCACACUUAUUCGGAAAUAGAUGGAGAUAAGACGUUUCGAGUACAGGCAUGGCAGCAUAAAGGAGCGGUUUCAAGCCUUUGAAUCUCACCAAAAAAAUGAGGCGCAUAGCUUUGAACUAUAAUGGAUCUGUAAUUGCAUUCUUUUAUUACUGCUCGAAAAGUCUUUUUUUUAUUCAGCAUAAACGUAUGUUGUAAAAGUUUGGAGACCUUCGAGUGUCGAUAAGCAGCUUCAAUACAGCGAAGUUGAUUGUUGACGCAACGAAGACAAGAAUCUAAAAACAUGCGACAUGAUAUGUAUGAAAACUACUGUGAUGAAAAACAAUUGGGAUACUAAUAAUUGGGAACAACAACAAGAAUGAGCAAAAUCAUUCGUCAUACAUAAUUAGAAUUCUUGAAUUUAAUGAAACAAGAACAAAAAACGUACAGACAAAGAUGUAGUUCUUCGCACAAAAUGACUCAAAAAAAUCUUAUAAGUAGAUCAACAGCAUCAUUACUUAUUCAUUUUCGUUCGCUCACUGGCUCUCGUUUGAGUCUGAGUAUAUGAAUAUGGAGUAAGUUGUAGAUCGAUGCUAGAACAAGAGAAGCAGAAAAUCCAUGUUGGUCCAAGAGCAUCAAACUUGACUCAGAAUCGAAGUGAGCUUCUAAAUCUGUUUCGUCUGUGGACGGCGAAGCAACUCCUAUCCCAGCUUAGGAGGUCUACUCGAGACGCCAUGAUGAUGAUGACUAACAAAAGGCUAGCUCCUACAGUCAUCUAGUUAACUAUCAGCACACGAAGAGCGUGUUGUCGUUGUUGGAGGUCAACAUGCAGGCGUUGGAGGAGGGUUUGCAGCCCGUCAACGUUACACUGACUUUGAACUUUUAAGAUAGGACAAAACUUCUAGGACUACAAUCUAAAUCUAGAUGCUGAGUGCUACCAGUAGAUAUCUGAAUCUGAUCAUCUUAUAUAUGAAAUUUAGAAAGGCAGCAUCUUCAGAAUCAGUCAUCAGGAGACAUCUUUUAUUAAAACUAUUCUUGUGUGCACUGCAUCAGCAUUCUCUUUCUGAGGAUUCCCCUUGAACCUCGAAUCUCAUCGCCUCAGGAGAGAUGGUGGCUCUUGAAUAGUACUGCCCAUAGGCUCAGAGGUUGCCUGGGUGGAGCAUUCUAAUGAAGGAGCGAAGCAGGGAAGAAGAUGAAUCAUCUGAGUCAUAGAAGAUAACGUAUUGAGGUGGUAAAGCAGUUUCAUGCUCAAACCAGCAACUGGGGAUUCGUCUGGAAAUCUUCUACACUGAACGAAUACAACAUUUGAAAAAUAAUCGCUUUCCCG